CUGCGCGGGGGCGGCUCCCGGCGGCCCCCUCCGCCGGUUGCCAUGGUGCCGCGGCCCGGCGUGCUGUGGGCAGUGGCGGCGGCGGCGCUGGCGCUGCUGGUCCGGCGGGCGGCGGCGGCGCUGGCGGGGCCGGUGGUCCGCUGCGAGCCUUGCGACGCGCGGGCGCUGCAGCAGUGCAAGCCCCUGCAGCCCGACUGCGCCGAGCGGGUGCGGGAGCCAGGCUGCGGCUGCUGCCUCACCUGCGCCCUGCGGCCGGGGCAGCCCUGCGGCAUCUACACGGAGCGCUGCGGAGCGGGGCUCAGCUGCCAGCCGCGGCGGGAGGAGGCGCGGCCGCUGCAGGCGCUGCUCGAGGGCCGCGGGCUCUGCACCAACGCUACGGCGGGCGGCAAGCUGCGGGCCUUGCUGCUGCCGGGACCGCACGCUGCAGGAAAUUUCAGUGAUUCGGAAGAAGACAGGAGUAGCAGCAGCAUAGAAAAUCAGGCCCUUCUGAACUCUCACAGGGUGCCAGAUUCCAAGUCACAUCCACCACACAUCAAAAUAGAUAUCAUCAGGAAAGUGCAAGCCAAAGAUACACAACGCUAUAAAGUUGAAUAUGAUUCACAGAGUACAGAUACAUUGAAUUUCUCUUCUGAAUCCAAACAAGAGACUGAAUAUGGUCCAUGUCGUAGAGAAAUGGAAGACACUUUAAACCACCUAAAGAUCCUGAAUGUCUUGAGUCCCAGGGGCUUUCAUAUUCCAAAUUGUGACAAGAAGGGAUUCUACAAGAAAAAGCAAUGUCGCCCAUCCAAAGGCCGAAAAAGAGGUUAUUGCUGGUGCGUGGAUAAAUAUGGACAGCCACUUCCUGGGUAUGAUGGGAAGGGAAAAGGAGAUGUCCACUGCUAUAACUUGGAAAGCAAAUGAGGGCUGUGUGCCAGCUCUUCUGGCAUCUGUGCAUGGCCACUGGACCUCACAGAGACCUCGGAGGGGCUGGGCAAACACUGUGGGACUGCACUGUGUGUGGAGUAACAAGCUCUGCCUCCUGCAGCAGAUGGGGAGCUGCAGCCUCUGUGGAUGCUGCUGCAGCUGCACCCUGCCACCGACACACAUCGAGCUUCCCAUGGGAUGUGUGAGGAGCUCUGAAUUCCCAUGUAAACCUGCACUAUUGAUACCCAGAGAGAGAAAAACAAAAGGCACUUCAGAAUGGAAUCAGGGAGUCUCCACUGACUUUGUAAAGAAUGGCCUGUGACCAAUUUGAUCCCAAAAGAUACUGGGUUUUGUAUUUUAAAGAAUUUAUAGACAUUAAGCUUGUAAAAGUAUAAAAAAGAAAAACAAAACCAAAAAACCCACAAGGAUUUAAAGAUAAAGCUUUUUUUACAGGUCUGAUGGGAAACUUGUCUUCACGGGUAAAAAGUUUUAUAAAAAUCUCAAAGAACUUUUAAAAGAAAUGUAUUUCUAAAAUAAAGACAUGGCUAUUUUUUUCUGUAAAAUAUAUUAUGAAUAUUCUGUUAGUCUGUAUUUAAUAUAAUUGUUUUUUAAUAAACUUUAUUUAAAUGUAACAUGUGAAUGCCAAAUAUUACACAAUGAUUCUAGUGUAUACGUCUGUAUACAAACAAAAAGUAAGGUUAUGGAAUGAUUUACAAAUGUGUAUAAAUCUGUAUGCAUACACACUGACCUGUUCUAGGUAAGAGAAAUGAAUUUUUGGAGCAAAGGAAGCGUUUCCAGAAGGGAUUUAAUUUUAUUAUUUGCUAUAACUACAAAUACCAAGAUAAUUUUUUAAAAUUAUUUUAUUGAUAAUUCUAAUGUACCCAUCACUGAAUUAUGCCACUGGAAAGGAUAACAGUCGCACUGAAGCUCUUGGUAAAGCUUUCCUCUGUCUGUGCAUUGCUUCAGUUUGUGCAACAGGGCUUACAUUUCCUCCACUUACUGCUCACACUAAUAUAGAAUAUUCAUGGACAAAAAAUUGCCAUUACAGUACUACUCUUUGUAUUUGAUUAUUUAUUUUGAAAAGAUGUAUCUAUUCUGUGUUGUCUUGGUACAUUCUACCAAAGCACUUACUCUGUAUGAGGAACUCCUGUUGAAAACAAUGUCAACGAGAUGGGGGGAUUGUUGACCUUAGGUGUUGAGACCCACACGUUUCAUUUAUGUGACACACAAUUGUUGCUUGCUUUGACUAUGGUAAAAAUAAUUUGCCUGCAUCUAAGCAUAGAAAAAGAACCAGUGGGUUUAAAUAAUCAAACUCACUGUCUGCCAUGGUGUUAUAUGUCUUUUUAAUUGGAAGAGAAGUGAUUUGAUUUUGUUGUGGUAUGUGAUGCUUUCACAUAAGGAGGGCUUUAGCAACAUUUUUUUUUUUUGAGGUUGAUUUUUUAAUGUACUUUGUGAAAAAUUCUGUAUGACAAUGAAAUAUGGAUAAGGAAAGGUGGCCUGUGAAAUGUAUCAUCUCUCUGGAAAAUAAUGCCAUAUUUUAUAUAUGUAUUUAUUUAUAUAUUUUAUAUAAAUAUUUUAUAUAUUUAUAUAAAUAUAUAUAUAUUCUUAUAUGUCUCACUAUAAAUGUUUGAUGUCACUGUAGAAAAAAGAAGCCAUCAACACUGUAAUUUCUUGUUGGGUUGGGAACUCCAUGAAGACUAAAGACAGUGGGCUUUCAGAUGCUGGGGCUGAGUGUUGUCUUAAUGGAGGAGGGGCUGUGGUGGUGAGGAGUCCAUGCUUCUCCCAUUGCAUGAAUUGCAACCAUCCUUGUUCCUGCUAGCAAUGGCAAAUGUCUAGAAACCCUGACGUGGAAGGAUUUGGAUAUACAGCUUGCCAGGAUCAGGGCAGCCCAUCACUAUAACUUAAAUGUUUAAAGCCUUACCCAGCAAUGUAUUAGCUGAACAGCACUAUGAGUGUUCUCCACAUCUUUCCAAUUUCUGUCUAAUGAAAUGAGUUCAUAUCAUCAUUAAAAUUGAAAUUUUAUAAUCUCGUGGUAAGAAAAAAAUUAUACAUGAAGCGAUCGAUGCCUACUCUAGGCUAAUACAGAUUUCCUGACACAUGAUUACAGAAAUUUUUGUAUAUUUUUAUUGCUAAAGCAGAUCUAAUGCCUGCAA